AGUUGGUCUUCCGGUCUUGUCGGUAUCUUCAGGCCGUCAGUACACCAACUACUGAUCUGCUGCUGCUGACUUCUAAGUAUUCGUAUACUCAGCCCUGUACUGCUCGAGCUAGUGCAACUCGCGUUCCGGUUCACCAGGAUGAUUCCUGGCUCGAUCCUCAAACAUCGGCAAGGCCCUCCCCCAGCCCACAUGGCAGCGCAACCUCUUCCUCCUAUCAACUAUAGGAGAGCCGAGUUUCCUAGAAGAAGAACAGCAGGGAACGAAACGGACUCGGCUUUCUUCAGUUUUCUGAUGACACUCCUCAGACUCUCGCUCUUCCCCAUCACCUUUCCAAUCCGAAAGAUCUACCAGAUCGCUACUUCUCCUCUUACCGUCUCGUUGACAGUCAAGUCGAUCCUGUUGGCCUCCUUGCUAUUCGCAAGCGGGAUUCUGUCAACGCUAUCGGUCGCCGGAACUUGGUACACUUGGGGCCGAAAUGGGGCUGUGGAGGUGGAAGGAUGGCUCAUCUACGGGUCCAAGCUCAACCCUACACCUCAUACGCAGGUCACAUUCUCGCCAGUCAAGCUGUUUCAGCAGGAUGUCGCUUACGAUGUGGAGGUCGAGUUGGAGCUGCUGCGACCUAGGCUAGGAAGCGAGGACCUAGGGAGCUUUAUGAUCAACCUGGACUUGAUCUCGGAGAAGAGCGGGGACACCAUUCAGACGGUUUCUCAACCUUGUCUGCCGGCACUACCAUAUGUUCCUCCCGGCAUACUGUCACGCCUGAUCUCGAUUCCCCUUGCAGUUUCCCCCUUGAACCUCUACUCUUUUGUACCGGUACCGCGGAUCACAUCUGUGAACCCUUUCAAGCUAUUCGGAAUCUUAAGCCGGAGCGGAAAGAAGAAGAGAUCAAGCAAGGCCAGCAAGGACAAAUUCUUGCUCGUCAGACCUAUGAUCGAUCACGAAGAGGGUCUUGUGCCGAGACCAUCGGGGAGGAAGGUUGCUGGUAGGAUUGUCGGUGGGGUUGGGGUAUCAAUAGGGCGGGAAGAUGGAGCGGGCGGAUACAAGGGGGAAGUAAGGACGGGUGGUUGGGUGAUUGUCAGGUUUAUACCCCGUGCGACGGGACUGAGAUGGCUACUCACAUCGCACUGGCUGAUUCCCGUCAUCAUACUUCCUCCUAUCGCUUUCGGCCUGACUCUGACAUCGGCUCUCAUGUCAUUCGUCCUCAUCUCGUUGAUAUUCCGACCAUCAUCGAAGCCUGCGACAUCCAGACGAGCUAUCGCACCAAGCCUCAAUCAACAAGCGACUGGCGUUGAUGCGAGGAAACUGGACAACGAUCCGAAUGGGCGCCGGACAGUCAGCUUUGUGGAAUCAGAGACGACAGAAGCCAGUGAUGGUGGUCUUGUCUUGAAAGCCUCGGAAACGGAUGGAAAUUCCUCGCUCGCUCGCACUAGCCAACUGAGCCACGAGCGGACCGAAAGUGAGGAUAUCGAUGGAUUACCUCUACCCUCCACACCGAUGAAGAGGACUAGCGGCCAAGCGGGAGGCAAGACCGUACAAAAGAGCCCGGCUCCGUCGAUGAUGAUACAGCGGCGGCGCAAUACCAGUACGAGCUCGGCAGAGGAAGAUCAAGCUGGGCUGCGGGAGUCUUUGGGAGACACGGGUGGGGAGGAAAGCUUUGAAGAGAGUGUGACAGCUAGCGAUACGGAGACCGGAACAGAUAGAGAUUGAGGGUGGUGGUUGUACAUGUUUGGCUGUAAGGUGAUCAACUAUGAUGAACGAUCCAUG